AUGUACACACAAAUUGAAGUUAUCCCUUGUAAGAUAUGUGGGGACAAAUCUUCAGGGAUUCACUAUGGAGUCAUCACCUGUGAAGGAUGCAAAGGUUUUUUCCGCCGAAGCCAACAGAAUAAUGCCACUUACUCUUGCUCACGGCAGAGGAACUGCCUGAUCGACAGGACCAACCGAAAUCGGUGUCAGCACUGCCGACUGCAGAAGUGCCUGGCCCUGGGCAUGUCCCGUGAUGCAGUAAAGUUUGGCCGCAUGUCGAAGAAGCAGCGGGACAGCCUCUAUGCCGAGGUCCAGAAGCACCAACAAAGCCAAGAACAAAGCGCGGGGACCAAGGAGGACCCAGAGACCUUGUCGAGGGUCUACACCACCAGCGUGAGCAGCGGACUCUCUGACCUGGAUGACAUCUCCAUGUUGUCGGACAGCUUCCUCUUUGAUUUUCCCCUGAGCCCCGACGGGAACAGCAGCUACUACAACCUGGAUCUCCUGACCUCAGCCCAGCCGUCGCCCGCCAGCAUUGACAUCAGUGACACCAAAUUCAUUAAACAGGAGUCCAUCUACGAGCUCAUGUUGGAACCUAGUCUCUUUCCUCAUGGCCCUCUUGAAAGCAGCGCGUUGACUUCGGACAUUUCAGUGAUGGAAAUGGAGCGCCUAGCCCAGAAUGUGGUGAAGUCGCACCUUGAGACAUUGCAGUACACCAGUGAGGAGCUGCAGCGGUUUGCCUGGGCGCUCUACUCUCAGGAGGAGAUAAGGACCAUGCAGAACACAAACUGUGAGGUGAUGUGGCAAGAAUGUGCCGUCCAGAUCUCCAAUGCUAUCCAGUACAUUGUGGUUGCCAAGCGCAUUGAUGGCUUCAUGGAGCUGUGCCAGAAUGACCAAAUCAUUCUUCUCAAAGCAGGUUGUCUAGAGAUCCUCAUCCGAAUGACACGGGCCUUCAACCCAUUGAAUACCACCGUACUUUUUGCAGGAAAAUAUGGCGGGAUGCCGAUGUUUAAGUCACUCGGCUGUGAUGACUUGAUCAGCUCCAUCUUUGAGCUGGGGAAGAAUCUUUGCCGACUGCAGCUGUCCGAUGAAGAAGUAGCACUCUUCACUGCUGUUGUCCUGUUCACACCAGAUCGGCCUUGGCUCUCUGAGUCCAAAAAGGUACAAAAACUCCAGGAUAAAUUCUACAUGGCUCUCCAGCACGAGAUUCAAAAGAAAAAUGCCAAUGAAGAUAGGCUUUCCAAGAUGGUUGCCAAGCUCCCCUUGAUGAAGACAAUCUGCAGCCUUCACUUAGAUAAGCUGGAGCUGUUCCGCCUUGUCCAUCCAGAGACGGCCAAAAAUUUCCCUCCUCUCUACAAAGAAGUCUUCAAUUCGGAGCUCCAUUACAGCAACCCUCAGGAGAACUAAAGCAGAAUUUGCAGAGCAAAACUUUUGUGGCUUCUGGAAUGGGAAAAGCAGAAUUGACCCUGUGGGGGACCCUUAUUUUAAAUCAAGGAUCAACCACAAG